AUGAAACUCGAAUUGGGAAUGCCAGGGAACGUUUGUUCCUUGCGAAAUAUCGUGUCGAUGCCGCUUCGUCAUAAUAUAAAUAAACAUGAAAGUCUGUGGGCAUUGAAUGCUAUUGCGGAUAAUAAUUUGAAAAAGUCUUCACCGAUACUUCAAUAUCAUGAAUUUAUUAAGGCCGUGCAAAAAAGCUAUUAUGCUGUAUUCUUUCGUGUUGGUCUUCCCUCUUUUCCCUGCGAUUUAAAAGUAGCACCAGAAAGUGAAGCAAAUAUUCGAGGUUACUCCAGAUAUUCUCCCAAACCAAUGGAAUUCUUUGGUAACUAA